AUGGAAGAGCCUGCACCUGAGGCCUUAGGGCCUACCGAACAAGGGCCGUUCAAUGAUCUCCCUGCUGGCUAUCAGCAGGUGAUGAGCCCAAGUGGCGGGACUGCGCGGGUGAUCGGACCUCACACAGACGAUGAUCGCAGGCCAAACGGCGUGGACCGGGCGGCCAGAGAGAUCCCUGCAACGGAACCUGACUACGAUCGAGCCUUAAGGGCUACCGGAAUUGGCGCGACGGGCGUAACCGGACAAGGCACGCCGACGACGCAUGGUUUUUCUGGUGUUGCUGGAAGACUUCGAGAAGGCGGCGAUGCUGACAUCGGAGCGAGCAGUGCUGGAACGCAUGGUGGUCUGGAGGGAGUAUUGACGGCCAGCAAUAGGCCUGAGGCCGUGGGACCUUGCGAGCAAGGAGGUCGUGAGAGAAGUGAUGGACUGUUGUUUAGAGGAGGAAGCCGGGCAGCGGCCACUACUGGAUCAGAUUUCGGUUUUAUGUGGCCUUCGCCGUUGCCUUCACCUACUACAAGGUCUAUCAAUGGAGAUGAACAAGUAUCCACGACCUCUGGAAAUGUGAUAGCACAGCAAGGUGCUGCGGCGAUGAAGUGGUUGUCUAAGCUGGGCGACUUCGUGCAGCGCCGAGUCGCGCAGCAGACGCGGCCAGGCGAGCAGACGACAGUGGUCCAGGAGACAGUGUGGUCGCCAGGGCACGGGACUCGGACGGAGACUGAGCCAUUGUUUGAUCGUUCGCAGAGCAGAAGGUUGAGGGACAUGGCUUUGGCAGCUCCUCAGCUGUAUGGGACCGUGCAGCGGUCGGGCGGAGGUUCGGACUCGUCGAGGUCGUUUACCAAGGAGCAGUUAGAGACCGAAGUGAGAAGACAAGUCGAACAGGCGAUGGAGGAGCAGAGGAGCGUGAGUGAAGAGAACCAGCGCCUUCGGCUUGAAGAGCAGGUAGAGUAUAUCAACCAGCGUCUCGAAGGCAAUCUUGCAGGACUUCCUGGACACAGUCGUGAGCAAGGGGGUGCAAACGAGAAUGUGGAACGGGUUUCUGAUCCUAGGGGCAAUCCAGGUGUACUUUGGGAACAUGAUGGAGGGCAGGGCGGUGAUCGGGCCUUGAGCACUCAUGGAGACAUGAGAGCCGACAAGCGCGGGAACAUGCUCUUGAACCUCAAGCUCUUAAUGUACCCGGCGGCAAUCCUGAAGGACUUCCGAGGCGUGACGGUCGUUGGGGUGAUCAGUCCUCAAGCAACCGUGGAGUGCUCGGAGGCAAUCUUUCAGGACUUCCGGGACACAGUCGUGAGCAAGGGGGUGUUGGGAGAGCAAGGAGUCAAAGUCCACCAAGGUCAAAUCUACUGGGCUUUGCGGGUUUCUACGGGAACUCGGAGGGGCAUGAAGUUCGACCGGGACCUACGGCAUCAACAAGUCAGGGUGCUGCGGGUAAAGAACGGAGUGCUGGUUUUCAGAGUGAUAGUGUUUUCGGAGGCAAUCUUGCAGGACUUCCGGGACACAGUCGCGAGCAAGGGGGUCGUGUUUUUAGUGAUAAGCCGGGCAUCUACAGUGGUCCUUAUGAGAAUGUGCCGGGCAUCUACAGUGGUCCUCCUCCAGGUCUUUCUGGUGAGCAUCAAGGCGUUCCAGGAGGUGGAGCACCAGGUGAUCAGACUGGUCCUUCCAUUGGCGGCUAUGGCGAUGCAGAUGGGAAUGAAUGCGGCCAAACCAGAGACGAUAAGGCCGGGAACCACAGCUUCGGAGUUGCCUAAGCUUAGCGAGGCGGACGAGAUGGCAGCGAUCAACGUCGGGGAUUGGUUGCAUGGCCUGAGCGGGCCCAUGGGCGAUCUUACGGAUGGGAGCGCUAUGUGGUGGUCACAAGUUCUCAUGUGUUUGGAAGCAUACUACAAGGACUAUGUCAAUGCGUCAGCGGUGAAGAAGUUGCAGCUACGGGCGGAUGACUACGCCAAUGCUACGCUCAAGGAGGCCAAGUGGUUGCGGGUGGACAAAAGAGCAGCGUCUAUGCUCUUGCAAUCGAUCCCAGAAGCCAUACGCACCGAGGUCUUGGCCAACAGGUUGCAGACGACGCUUUCAAUCUUGGCGAGGAUACUGACGAUCUACAGGCCGGGUUCGUCUGUGGAAAGGCAGCAAGUCUUGAAGGCCUUAGAGCAGCCCGGCUCGGCGUCUACACCCAUGGAGCUCGUCGAGGCUCUUCGAAGGUGGGCACGAUGGCUAAAGCGGGCACAGGACCUGGGGUUGCAAGUUCCUGACCCCUCGAUCCUGUUGCGGGGUUUGGACCAAGCUUCAAAGGCUCAGCUGGAACGGCACGGUGAAGUGGCUUUCCGGACCAACAUGCUGCGCUAUGGUUUGGAGUUGGACUCAGCUCCUAGCCUUCCGUCUGUGAUGAAGUAUCAGUCCCAUUUGCUUGGCGAGUUUGAGCAGAUAGCAUACCGGGGGCGCUCUAAGGGCACUACCAGUACGGCACCUGCCGUGCGAGCUGUGGGCACUGGGGGAAAUGAUGGUGGCAACGCUAGCCCUGGUAAAGGUGCUUCCUCUCCGGUGCCGGGGACCCUCCACGGCGGGAUGAAGGCAAGGGAGGACAACCUCCUCGACUACGACCACUGGGGACCGGGAGCAGCUUCAUCGGGUUCGGCAUCUACGGGGGCGUCAAUGGACUCGAGCUCUACGGCUGGUUCGUCGGCGGCUGGAGUAACCGGAGAAGCUCCGGCGGGAGCUCGGGAUGUAGAUGAUUUCCUACGGAACGCUACCCAGGUGCUGAAGUUGAUGACGGAGCAACAUGUGGGCAGUAGACCGGGACCCUCUAUGAAGAUGCUGAAGAAAGUGAUCAAGGACUAUGAAGGCAAGAUGGCUUUGGUUGAUUCGGGAGCUACGCACCCGUUGAGGACGGCAUCUUCAGAAGAAUGGGGUGUUGCAGGCGAAGUCGACGUGGUGGUGGCGGGGGACGGUGUGAAGCGGAUGCGCCAGAAUGACACGGGCACGUUGCUUAUGGAACCGGCGACUACUAGAGCGCAAACUAUAUUGCCGGUUGGAAGCUUGGUGGCUGUGCUGGGCUACGAGCUAGUGUGGACCAAGAAGAAGUGCGUUCUGAGAGCGCCCGAUGGGAAGGAGCUGGCGUUGAAGGUUUCGUCGGGCUGCCCUGAGGUAAGCGAAGCAACGGCGCUUGAGUUGAUCGCGAAGAUUGAGCAGGAGAAGUUAGCUCAACUUUCGGAGAACGUGGAGAGCACGAAGCAGGCCAUGCUGAGGGCUCGUGAGGUUGAGCUUGAUCCAUGCUGGGAAAAGAGCGUUCGGGAGUAUGUUGCCAAGGGAAAGUUCGAAGAUGGCUUCCGCGCGAUGGCGACUGCGCCCUGGGCAACGGAAGAGCUGCGCGAGGACUUGGCAAGGAUCAUCACGGAUCUUCCCACAGGUGAGAAGGAGGCCUGGGAGCUCAUGCAAAUGUUGGGCUUCAACAGGAGGAUGCGGAAGCGACUGAUGAGCAAGGACUGGGUGGUGAAGAUGUGCAGCGGUCGUCGUUCGUCAGUGGACAAGGUGUUCAAGGCGGUGGAGAGCAACGGAACGGUUGUUUUGGAUGUUGAUGUACAGCGGCUUCCUCUGUUGGACAUCCUUAAGGCGGGCCCCGGCGUGAUGAAGUUACUACUUUGGGGUGCGGCUACGGGAAGAGUGGCGGCAGUCUUGUCGGGUUUACCAAGGCACAACGCUCUGGAGCACACGCUGAGGGCGGUGGUACUUAGUGAGGUGGCUACAGCGGGGAGAGCGGCUAUGUGUGCUGAGGUGGAUGUUCCCUUGGAUGGCGUUGCUUUCUCAUUGUGGGCGUCUUCUGAGUCGGAGCAAGAUGAGUCCUCUUUGGCGUGGGUUUUCAAGUGGUUUCGGAGGUGGAUUGCCGAAAGGCACAUGGAUGUUCAUCACUUUGACCAAGGAGGUUUAGGACAUCCUAUGCGGAGACCUACGACGAUGGCAACCAACCUGGAUGUAGCAGAGCUCAAGGGUGUCCAAGAUGCAAGGGCGGAUGAAGGUCAUGCUGGUUCGUGGUCCUCGUGGGCUCCUAUGAUGGUGCGAGUGCUGACGCGGUGGACAGACGGGCGUGGGAAAGGCAUUUGGCCAAUGAUCAUGUACCAUAUCGUCCAGAUUGUCUUCAGUGUAUACACAAUGCAACAGGACGACCUCAUCGAAAGUGUAAAAGGGGAAAGAUAUGCAGUGGUGUUCACUUACCAGUUCCCGAAGCAGAAGUUGAUUCCAGAAGACCAACCCAUUCCUGAUGAUGAGCUGGAUGGGUGGGACCUUGAUGCAAGGGAAGUGGAGUUAGGCAAGAACACUGUUGAUGAGGAGGAGUGUGAUUACUCUCCUGAUGAAGGCCCAGACCCUCAACUUUCACCCGAAGAGGAAAGUGAACUUCGACGAGUGCAACGAGAACGUCCUAUGGAACUCCUGGAGCAGGUUGGUAAUGUUUCGCCAGCAGCCAAAGCAGCAAAGAAGAAGGAAGUUUCAGAUGAUUGGUGGGAGUUUCGAGAAUCUACGGGCGUCCUUGUUCGGCAUCACGUUACUCCUCGCAUGUCGUUGUUCAGGCCUACGUCAUGGAAUGGUUGUCCGGUGCCGCCUAGCAAGCUGGAUUACACCAGGGUGACGGAGGUGAAGUAUGUGAGCGGCGGUGUGGACACGGAGACGUCGGAUUGGCAUGGACCACAAUCGGGAUCGCGCGUGUUAGAGAAGCUGUGGACGGGAAGGACAAUGUUUCGGAUUUCUACAGCAGAGGUUCCCGAGGAUGAGGAGGAGCUCAAGAAGGAUGAAGAAACGUGGGAAAAGCUUAUUGGUGACCUGACGAAGCCAGUGGAGAUGGAUACGAUCUACAUGGUGUACCCGGUUCGUGCCAGGCGAGGAGGUGAUGCAAUGUUAGCAGUACAAGAAGCUGUGUUGCGGUUGAAACUGCUUGGACUACCGGUGGCCAGGUUACAUUCUGAUCGCGGCUCAGAGUUUGCGUCUAAGGGGCUGCGAAAAUGGCUGUUGGACCACGAUAUCUACCACACCCGUUCAGAAGCUUUGGUGCCGCAGACCAAUGGCGCAGCUGAGAGAGGAGUUCGUUGGUUUAAGACGAUGGCCAAGGUGUUGAUGGCGGAGGCAAAGGUGGGUUUGAAGUUUUGGACGCUGGCUAUGCAACAUGCAGCUAACCGCCGAAUGUAUGAGCGACUUGGACUAUCCAAGCCAAGGUUGCUACCCUUUGGGUCCAAAGUGAUGAUCAGACGAAAAGUGUUUGGCAACAACAAGAAGUAUGACCUCACGGACCGGUGGGAGGAGGGCACCUACUUGGGUUUGUCGGACUCCAUAAAGGGCGGUGCGAUUGUUCUACGGGCGAGCGGUGUACUAACGGAGACCCUGAACUUGAAGACUGACGUUGUUGACCCUCAUGCACUACUAGCAGCUCCUAAAGAAGGUGACGGUGAUGAUGGUGGUGGGGUUGGUGAAAUUCCUGUGGGUGAAGUACCAGUCGUUGACCUACCUGAACCAGAUCACCGAUUAACGGGGAAGCAGCCACCACCGUUGAUGAGGAUGUUGAAGCCUACGGCAGGGAAUCCAGAUGCGGUACCUUCUGGCUGGACUAUGAGAACGCUUGUUAAGGAGCAAGAAGAUAGGGCCAGGCAUUACUACAACAUGGGCAAGUUCGAUGGGGAUUCCUGUGCGGAAGUGCUACGAGAUGUUCACCUUGGAGGCAAGGCCAAAAGGAAAACGAGAGGGGCGCAAACUUCGGCUCUAGUGCUUGGUGGGUACGUUCAUGGAGGAAUGCGCGGAGCUACUGAUGUCACCUACCGGCGACCCUGGCUCACCAAGUACUUGAACAUGGUGCUGCGACAAAAGACGAUGGAAACAACGAAGUAUGAGCCAAGGUGGGCAACGCUGGGAGUCUUUAAGGCAGCUGAUAUUCCCCCUCAUCGUGACCUACGGAAUAAGCCUGGCAUGCCAAACUUCGUAAUGGAGGUGGGCGAGAGGACUGCAGAAGGGUUGUGGUUGUCAGACGCUCAUGAGGUAUGUGAAGGUGAUGGUACCGGUGGUGUAGACUUAAGUCAAGAGCUUCCUGAUGGCACCGUGGUUGAAGGAAGAGUGGUUGAUAUCAAGAACAAAGUGGCGGUGUUUGACCCAAAGAAGUUCCACUCUUAUGUUCAAGGAGAAGAUGAAGGUCGAUGGAUCAUAGCAGCUUUUACCCCAUUGAACGCGGAGGCCAUCCCCGUGAGUGCUGCAGCGUUUCUCAAUAGGUGUGGGUUUCCACUGGAAGGUACAGGAGUUGAAGUACAUGAUGUGGAAGAUGAGCCGUUGAGUAACUGGGUCAGUGAUACUGAGGUAGCCACCGAUGAGGAGGAGGAUGAAGACGAGUUAGAGUACCGGGCGAGGGUUCUACGUUGUGAACUUCAGGAGGAGACGGACGAGAGUGCAGCUUCCGCCUACCACAUCGCAAUGCAGCGGGACUUUGAGCAGUGCGUCCAUGACCUGGAAAUGGAACGGGUUCGCGCAUUGAAGAAAGUCAUGAAGGUCUCGCCAGGCGAAGCAAAAGAUGUUGAAGUGGAGGAGCUGUUAAAGACUUUAGAUGGUCACCUUGAAGUAGUGCAUAACGUUAGCCUGCCGGAAGUCAAGAAGUACAUCCACCUAUGGAAGGAGGCAAUCCUCAAGGAGGUCAAUGCGUUGAUGGACUCGGGAACAGUGACGCGUCUGUCUCCAGAGCAAACACGCGAGUUGAAGAAAUGUGGGCUUACGGUGUUGCCUGGAAAGGCAGUAUUCACUGUCAAACCUCCAGCAGAAGCUCAAGGACCUGCCCGGUUUCGUCGCAAGUGCCGGGUAGUGGUUUGCGGCAACUUUUUGCCGGCGCAGGGACAGAAUGUGUACGCGUCGGGUACUUCAGCCGACACUUUACGCAUCGCGAUAGCGAUCGCGGUGAAAAUGGGCUGGCGGAUCGGCAGCACCGAUGUGGCGAAUGCUUUUACGCUGGCGCCAAUGCCAAGGGAGCUUCUAUAUGCGCUGGUUCCCCCAACGAUUGUGGUGUUAGCCGGAGCUGCAGCCCCGGGAGAAACAUGGCAGAUCACACGGGUGCUUUACGGUUUAAGAGAGGCUCCGAGACUUUGGGGUGACUUCAGGAAUCGUAAGUUCGUUGAUGCGGUGAUCCAUGUGGGAGACAAGGUUGUGGUGCUGACAGCAACGACUACCGAUGAGAACCUAUGGAAGGCGACCUAUCAAGGGGAGGAUCAGCUACAAGGCCUCGUUUUGGUGUAUGUAGACGACAUCUUGAUGAUGGGAGAAAAGGCCUUGGUUGAGGCGAUCUACCAGUGGUUGGUGAAGGAUUGGAAGUGUUCAGACCUUGAAUGGGCUGAGGAUGGGUCGCUCAGGUUCCUUGGUAUUGAGUUGCGGGUUUGCGGAGAAGGUGUGCAUCUAUCCCAAACUGGCUACGUACGUGAUCUACUACGACAACAUGGAGUCCCUGAAGAACCAGGUCUAGGUCUCACUGUACCAUGCAACCGAGAGUGGCUGCAGGAUGGAGAAUCCGACGAAGAACCGGAACCACCCCAAGAAGCUGAAGUGAAGUUGGCUCAGAAGGCAACGGGGGAAGCUUUGUGGUUAUCGACGCGAAGCAGGCCGGAGCUAGCACAUGCUGUGGGCUGUAUGGCAUCGCAUGCCUUGAAAAGGCCUCUGAGGGCGCUUGAGAUAAGCAAGAGGAUCCUGAAGUACCUAGCACGUUCUGUUGAGUAUGGCAUUUGGUACAGGGUCAAUGAAGAUGAUCCGAUGAUGGUCGUGUACUCGGACGCCAGUUACGCCCCGGGAGGAGGACGUUCGUUUGGGUCGACAAUGGCUCAGGUUUGUGGUAUGCCGGUGUCAUGGAGGGCGUCUAAGCAACCAAUAAUCACAUUGUCGGUUGCAGAGGCGGAGCUCUACGAAGGGUGCGCGGCAGUGCAGUUGGGACUGGGAGUGAGUGCUCUUUUGUCGGAACUGUCUUGGGAUCCAGUGAUGCACCUGAGGAUCGACAAUGCGGCCGCUCAGGGCUUGGCGAGCGAAUCGCCGGGCACGUGGAAGACCCGGCACCUACGUAUACGAGCCCGCUUUUUACGGCAGGAGGUUGCGGCACAGCGGCUGGUGAUUUCUCAUGUGUGUGGAAGCUUGCAAAAGGCCGAUUUGGGCACCAAGGGCUUCGACCUGCCAAAGUUCAAGACGCUGAUGGACUUGUGGCAGAUUGUUCCGGGCACGAUCCAAGGAGCUACGAAGGCAGCUUUGAGAACUUUGAGGACGACUAAUCAGUCGGGCAUGCUGUUGUUUGUGGUUAUCUGUCUGUGCCUAGUCAAAGGGGUCCAAGGGAAAGAAGAUUUGCCGUUAGAUGGAUCCAUGGAGUUCUACUUCGUUGCAGUGGUUUCUCUGAUUGCGGCGGUGGGAAUAUGGGAAUUCCUGAAGUAUGUCAAGAAUAAGGUUUGGUCAUGGUGGAGAGACGCCGAGGGGAGUUUGAAGAAGAUGGACCUAGAGGAAGCAGAGAAACGUUUUCACCUACGCCGACCGGGUGGCAACGAGGAGCUGAAGGCAAUCUGGGCAGGUUUGAGUACAGUCCCCAGCCUUCAGCAGUUGAACAACCGAAGCGAAAGGGCUGAUCGCGGCCACGGGGGCAAACAGCAAGUGGCUCCACGCGUUCACCUCAGAUUGAUGCGCGAUGGCUACCUCUUCAAGGGCAAGGCCUGUGCGGUCAUCGGCGGAGGCGACUCCGCCAUGGAAGGCCGACAGAGAGGUGGCUCCGAUGCUCUUACCAUAGAGCUGAACGAUGGAGCCAUGAUGGGUGAACUACAGUUCCGGUCGGCAGCUGGAGCUGAGUUUGACUAUUUGGUGUUCGAGGUCCUAGGGGAUCGCUUCGAGAGAUUGGGCCUUGCAGUAGGAGAAGUGAUCGAGAAGUAUGAGGUGAACAGCGAUGGUAUGUUUGUUGACUUGACCUAUCGCGGGACGGACAGCUCUUAUUAUCAGUGGUACAUUGACAAUAAGGGAAAGGCAGGUGGGUUGCCUGCAGAUUCGUACCAUCAUCUCUGCCGUCGUCAUGCCUCACGCUGUAGCAAGAAUUUUGGCAUGAAAGAUGUGAUUCAUGUUCAGAAGUGGGCGCCUAUUUCUCGAAAUUCAGCAAGCGAUCUACUUGAGUCCUGGGGGUGUCCUAAACUGCCCCUUUUGCGUAUUCCUUCCCGAAAGCCCGUCACGAGCACAAGUGGAGACCGCCGCGAUUCCCGACAGGUGGCUACUCAGGCCCUCCCAGCUCCUAAGGCGGAGAACUUUGAAGAAGGCGGGGAGGCUGAGGAGGUGGAGGUUGAGGAACCUCGGCCGGCGACGAAGCGUCGGAAGAAGGCCUUGCCGCGGGGCCAUCGACCGCCCACGGCCUUAGAUGCAAUGCUCGACGAUACUUUGGAGGAGUCCAGAGGCGAGAGCAAGGACAACAAAGUUGAGAAGAAGUUGGGGGAGCUCAGGGCGAAGCUCAUGGGCAAGAAGGCGGAGGUCAAAGGGAAGGAGCCCGGCUCAGUGUUGGCUGGGCGGGCGAUGGAGGUUGCUGAGAAGGGCAAGCCGAAGAAGGUCAGAAAGGCAGAUUCCGUGGCCAGAUCCAUCCAGAAGGCUUUGGUAAAGGCUAGCCGGAGCCGAGGCUCGAAGGAGGAGGCCUCCUCAGAUGAUAGUGAGGGGGAAGCCGAGGAUGAAGAGGACGAGCUGGACUUCGGUGGCAGCGGCGGCUGGGAACAGCGGCGCCGCAAGCUCAGAAGGAUUGCUGAGGAAAAGCCUGGCAAACUUUUGCUGUCGGGGUUGCAAAGCAUGCAGGAGCAGUUGGGGCAGAUCUCAGGCGAGGAUGGUUCGGCGACUUUGAGCCCAAUUAUGGUGCGUUACUUGAUGACGAUGGUCUUGCCAGCCCACCCCGUGAAGAGCAUAGGCGAGAGCAAGUACCGGGAGUUGAGGACUUUGUGCCAAACCAUGGAUGCCCUGCUCAAAGGCAAAGUGGACACGGCAGGCGAUAUCCUUAUGCAACGGUUUAAGUCCCAGGUUAUGGCUUUGCGGGAUAACUCCGAGAAGUGCGGUCGCUUCCUGGAGCUCAUCCCCGAGGACUCGGUUGGGGUAAGCCCCGAGGAGACUUUCUUUGCGAGGGAUCUCGCGCACAGGACGGCCAAGGCAGAUAAGCACCCGAAGGAGGAGGCCCCAUCGGCGGAGGAGGCACCAGCCGAUACACCGAGGCCGAAGGAGGAGAGGAAGGUGACGUUUCGGGAGGAGGUGACCACGGAUCGCCAACGAGACGAAGAGAGCAUGGAAGGACAGAGUGUUCAAGACGGCGAGGGGCGAGCUCUAGGGGUGUUGGCCCCUGGGGGAAGUGAUCCGGGUGUUGGCCCGUGGGUUUUUAAUGGCGGCUGCCAGCCUGUGCCCUGUACAGAGCCCGGUGUUGGCCGGGUGGCGGGCGGGAGGGCGCAUGCCUUUGAUGAGCUGAAAGGUGUUAUGCUGGAGGGUUGUGAUAUGCUUUGUGAUCGAAGGCUCCAUGGUCUCCUACGUGAAGGUUUGCCGGAUAAGCGCUGUGUGUUGCAAUUGGGCAUUACGCUGCUACAGCUCCUGUUGCUUUCCCCACGAGAUGGGGCUCUUUGGUCCGGAGUGUCAGCUCUGGUGAAAAAUACAGCCACGCCAACUCUGCGGGCAACUGGCGAGGAGAUCAUCCGGUUGCUGGUGGUUGUUACGAUCAAUGGUGAAUAUUCUGACUGGUGUGGUCCGGGUUUUGCUCUUUGUGAUUUCCCGGGUAAUGUCUGCCAAGCGGAAGCUUACGCCCAUUUGGAUGAGUUAUGCCGGUACUUCUCGAGAGAUCCUCUUUGUGAAAAUUGUGGCCUCACCCCGGAUGCGGUGCUUAAGACCAAAGGUGUUGAUUACACGGGUGAAGAAGUACUGCACGCGCUUCCUUUGAAGGUGGGGGAGCUAUUGCCGGGACUGCCUGCCGAUGGCGUUGCGGGAACUCUUCAGGCGGCGGAUGUGGCUGAGGGCGAGGUUGCAAAAUGGUUGUUGGAUCCCAACCUCACAUUGCUGCCGGAAGAUAAAUGGUGUUGCUCUGGUCGGGCGAAGAUCAACGAGGUUGAUGGUAUUGCGGGUUACAUUGGGCCGCCAGCGGAAAAGAUCUUGGAGACGGGUGUUUUGAGUUCAGACGUCCACUUCUAUCAAUUUUGGACGGAUGUUGGCCUCGUGAUCAAUUCCGGCCGGCGGAUGCUGGAGCAAAUGAACUGUGGAAACGUGCAUCAGUUUCAGCCGGCGGGAGCCAUGGAUGUUCAGCAUAGUGUGGGACCCCGCGUGUUGGCGAUUUCUAUCUUCAAUGACAUAGGCUCGUUGAUGGUGGCGUUGACUCGAUUGCCAUGUCAGGUGGUAGGCUAUGCGAGCUGUGAAACAAACCGUGAAAAGAAGCGGGUGAUUCGCAGGCGUUGGCCUGGGGUCAUCGAAUUGGGUGAUAUUGCCAACGUGGAUGAAAAGUUGGUUGAUCAUCUUCAACGCUCGUUUGGCAAUCAUCUGGACCUCGUUUUAGUGGGAGCAAGUUGCCCUUACCAACGAGGUUCUCAAGGGCCGGACUCACGCGAAGCUAAGCUUUUUGCUGAGCUGAUGCGGGUUAUUGACCUUUUGAAGUCGUGGUUCACUGUCCCUGUUCACUUCUUCAUUGAGAAUCUUGCGUGUCUCCGAGACUCGGAUUUCGAGUGGUUCAACUCCACGUUGCAGGUGAAGCCCAUCCUCAUUGAUGCAAAGUGGUGGAGGCUUGGCUUGAACCCGACGGAAAAUGGCCUCACCUUCCGCCGUGGAUCGCUGGAAGGCGGCAAGAGCCUGAAAGCCCAGAUGGUAUCGGAGCAAAUUCAAUCUCGUUACGCCAAUGCAGUUCUUCAUGUGUUGCUUUUUCUGGCGGAUAUGAACACUAGCCAGCUCUCCUGGGAUAGUUUUGAUGAGUCAGUUUGUUGCUGGGUUGAAGCGGCCUAUGCAGAAGGAGAGCACAAAACAUUGGUGAACUUUGCUUUGGCUGGACUACAGUUCUUUUUGCCAGCUUGCGUGGGCAAGUUAAAGCAAUCGUGGCGAUUAGCAAAGGUUUGGCAACGUCUGGAACCUCCCGUUAGAGUUCUGCCAAUUUCGCCGCUGUUGCUAGGAGCUUUUGCAGGCGCGGCUAUCCGUAUGGGUUUUCUGCCAGAAGGCGCUGCUUUGCUGAUUGGGUUUGAUUGCAUGUUGCGCUCGGGAGAGCUUUACAACUUGUGUCGCAAAGAUAUCACGUUCUUACGUGACAAAGCUGUGCUUUGUUUGGGCAAGAGCAAGUCUGGCAAGCGCACUGGAGCAAACGAGCUUGUGGUCGUGGAGUCACAGUGCGCAGUGUUCUGGCUGCGUGAAGCUUGUCGUCACUUGCGAGCUUCGGACAAGCUACUCGGCCGCGGCGACAGGUUCUUCCGAAAGCUGUUCUACGAACUCAUUGAUGUCCUUAAGAUUCAGGGACUUCUCACAGUUUACAGCUUGCGCCGUGGUGGGGCCACUUGGAACUUCUUGCUUCAUGGAAGCAUGGAGAAAACGCUCCUACGAGGACGCUGGUCCAGUACGUCGACUGCCCGCAUUUAUUUGCAAGAUGCCGCGGCAACGGUGAGCCACUUACAGCUGAGUGACUGGCAAAUGUCAAUGGCCAGAGAUAUGGCCCUGAUGCUGGCCCGCAUCUGCAGCUCAGUGAACCUCAUCCACCGGAGGGAUACUUUCCGGGCCAGCUUGGUGCUGCAGCAGCGGGUGUUGAACCACCCGCACAUCACGGUUCGGUGGAACACAGCGGUUAAGCGCUUCGCUGGCCAAACGGCAAGCGAUGGGGAAGGCGACGAGCGGAAAGAGCUGACCCACUUGGAGUUGGCCGACACACAGGACAGCUCCGUGGAGUGGCAGCUACCGGUCGACGCCGCCUUCAUCGCCAUCGGCCACGAUCCCAACACCCGACUCUUCAAGGGGCAGGUGGACAUGGACGAGACCGGCUACAUCCACGUGAAUGGCCCGACCAAGACGUCAGUUCCCGGCUUCUUCGCCGCAGGGGACGUUGCAGACAAUGUCUACCGGCAGGCGAUCACGUCUGCCGGCUCCGGCGCAAUGGCCGCGCUGGAUGCCGAGAGAUAUCUCUCGGACCUUGUAAACUUUGAUUUCCUGAAGAACACCAUACCGUACCAAGGUACGGGUCGAGUGACUCGGCGUGUCAAGUUUCGCCGAGUGGGCGUCUAUGUGCAAAGAGGGCCAGCUUUUGAUGUGGACCUUCCCAUCCAGUCAGAAUUCAAUGUGCAGCGGGACCAGGCCACUCAGCUGGCAGAUGUUGGGGGUGCCGGGCCCAAUACUAUGAUUGGCAACCGCUUGACACUCAUUGCCACAAGGGAUGACCCUCGCUACUCCAGGUUUGUCGAACUGAUGGUGGAAGACUUUGCAAAUGCCCUCGGAACUUCCUCUGACGAGGCCGUGGAAGGGCCCCGCUCAGGGAAUGACGAGUGGCAAUGGGCCCGCUAUGUGGAGGAACACCUGCAUAUGGAAUUCCUGGAGGCCUACUUUCCUCACCAUGUGCUUGAGCUGGAAAGGCUGAUGGACCAAGUGCAAGAAACAGUGUCGAGUAUCCCGCCACCGGACGAAGGGGAAACCAUUGUGGAGUGGCUUCGGAGGUCCCACUCCAAUCGUUUGCUUGUGAUGCCGUCGCUUCAGCGCACCCUGCACGGGCUGAAUGCGGCCUUGCCGACGGUGGACCAAAGAGUGAUCCAACAGGGGAUUCCUCCGCUGGGGGAGUGGAUCCUCUCGACCCUGGAGUUCUCGAGAACGGCGCGCGUGGAAGGAGAUGACGCAUGGGUGCUCCACCUUCUCCGAGGUCGCAUCAGUGCAAGGGCGGACCUCCGAUAUCGAAGGCGAGGGUUCCAAGUUCUGUGGGAGCUUGAGCAGGCUCUCCCAUACGGGCGUCCCAUGGGCAUGGAAGCUCCGGAAUAUGUGGUGACGUGGGUCUAUUACGAGGAAGGGGAGCUCUAUGAAAUAUUGGGGCGCCUCUGCCCGGACCAGGAUGAGCCUGAUGCUGCAAGCAUGGUACAACAUGGAGUCAGGAAGAAGUGGCUCAAGCCAGCUGACGGGGGUCGUCGCAGAGGGCAGAAAGGGCACCAGGGUAAGGGCAGCAAGCCGAAACCUGAGAAGCGGGACCCGAGGCCACCGCCUGCCCCGCGUGCUCCUGCUGAAGCCAGGUGCAAAAUCACUGAGAGUACCAGGGUUCUCCGGCCGAGAGCAGCACGAGGGAGAGAUUCGCAAACAGCAGAAGCAGGGUCAGGGUCAGGGGCCACCUCCUCUACGGACAGACCAGCAAUGGAAGCCGAGGACCCGCUCACCAUUGACGAGGCUGUUGCUGUGUGGUCCAUCUUGCUUGGACUAGCACAGGAAGAGGAGGUCGAUGAAGAUCCGGAGGUAGUGGUAGGUGAGUAUGCCAGGAACUCGGUGGUCGAGACCUUCUUGAACUAUAACGCCCGUGACAGGCUCAGGUUCAUUCUGGCAUUCCAAGGGGUUUUGAGCAGGGUCAUGAGAAUGAUCGGGAUUGCCAUUGAAGAAGCACUCCAGGAGGAGAACAGCAGACCAGCCCUCGUUCCGCACGAACCAGACGACAGCUCGCUGAUGCAAGUGGGCCUGGUGACCAGCGAGAACGAAUGGACGGCUUUCCUCUUGGACUUACGCCAUGCAUUGGAGGGCAUGACAAAAGAUGCCCGACUCUCAAAUGCACAGCUGUUGCAUCGGUGGUUGGACCACAGGUGCUGCAAUGAAGCUGCUGGGUUCUGCCUGGGGCACAUGCAGGGCAGGGUGGGGCAACUCGUGGCAGUGCUGGUGACGGCCAUCGAAUCUGCGAGGGAGGUCGAGCAAGCUUGCCCGCAUCACCUUGGCUGGUGCGAGGUAUGGUACCGGCGCCUGUCGCUCUUCUUGCCAACGCACCCGGGCUCAAGGAAGGCACGUGGCCUGCCGCAACUGGCAGGCGAGCCGGACGUGCCGCACGGCCUCUCUGCUGCGGCUUACCAGGAGUGGGAGGACUGGGAGCUGUCGCAGGCGAUGUCGCAACCCCCUACCAUGAAGCGGACCUUUCUCGAGGUGGAGAUCGCAAGUGGAAGCGGAGAAGUACCCAGGGUGACGACAGUGGCCAAGUUGGCUUUGCCGAGUGAUGGCAGUGCCUUCCAGAUCACGGGUAGGGUUGUGCAAGAAGAUGAGCCAUCAGCAGGUCUUCUGUCUGCGAGGAAAGAUCGAGCGGGCGUCAAGUACACCUGUGAGAUCACUGGCAGCCCAGCCACUCUCGUGUGCUCUGAAUGCCCUGUCUACUUCGCCACCUAUGACCACUUCGAUGUGUGGUGGAAGGGCAUCGGGAACCUCAUCGCGCAGGACAUCGUAGUCCUCCGAGCACCGCCGAAGAUGAUCGGCAGUGAGGAGGAGCGGAAAAGACGCGCCGAGGAGUUGAUGGGCAUCAGAAAGGAGCUGUUGGAGUUGUGCACGGAGACCGCGCAGAAAUUCCUCGUACAGGGGAAGUACGAGCUCGCAGUGCCUGGAGCGCUCCAGAGCCUGAAGUUCGCCAUCGAGGUCUUCGGAUCGGAGGCGUCUGAGCUGGUGCCCUCGUACCUGCUCCUAGCUGAGGCCAAUCUGGGUCUCCGGCGACUGAAAAUCGCAGAGGAGUUCCUGUCCUUGGCGAACUGGAACAUUCUGAAGCAUCCUCAGGCCUCGUCCUCGAUGAUGUCCAACCUCCAGCGCAACUUUGGGCGGCUCUACGCAGCCCAGCAGCGCUACAACGAGGCUCUACAAGCUUUUGCCACGGAUAUCUACUACUCAUCCCUGGAGUUUGGUCCAGAAAACAUCCGCUCAGCGCCCUCGUACUUCCACAUGGGCCGUGUUUUUCAGAGUCAUCAGAAGGCCGAAAGAGCCUCCUCCUUUUACACCAAAGUCGUGGAUGUGUACGGAAAGUUUCUGGACACCUGGAUGCGCUCUGGAACGGGGGAGCAGUCGACGGAGAUCACCUCCGUAGAGGUGGAGGAGGCCGUAGAAAUUGUCAAACACAUCACGGAAUACCACGAGAAGCGGUUGGAGUCGGAGAGGGACGCGGACCAGUGCAGGCUCGGACUCGCCGAGGGUCGACAAGCCUUGGGGCUGCUCCUAGCUUACACCGGUGAUAUGAGUACCGGCAGAGACUACCUCAACGCCGCCGUGGAAACGUACCAGUCCGUCCUCGGCGAAGAGCACGCCAAAAGCAAGCAAUGCCAGAAGCACCUGGAGACGCUGGAAAAGCGCAGCGCUCUCCUUUAG